GUCUCAGAAACUGAAAGGCUUUCCUAUGUGGGGAAUAACUUUGACAGUGGACUUAUGAAAUCUAACUCCCUAUGCAGGUAUUUUAUUGGUGUGUUAGACAAGGACUCUGGGCAAAUGGAAGUCUAUAAUGCUGAAAUAUUCAACAUGCAGCCCUUGUUGUCAGAUAACUUAAUACCUGACGACACGAAGGAUUAUCAGAAUAAAUCCUACAGGGAGAAGAUGGAUUUGUGCAUUGAGGCCUUUGGUACCAGCAAGCAGAAGCGAGCUCUGAACUCUCGGCGAAUGAAUGCAGUGGGCAAUGAUGUUCUGAAUACAGCUGUGACAAAAGCAGCAGCAAACGUUAUAGAUGCAAAGGGAGUAACAGCUUUAAUCCAGGAUGCGGCCCAAGAUGAUGUACAGAACAUCUCUGUCUUCCUCCCCCAAUGUAACGAAGACGCUGACAAACCAGAAAAUGUUUACAAGUUUGAGGACAUUCUGUCCCCAGCAGAGUAUGAAGCAUUGCGGGUUCCAGCAGCAGUCUUUGUUAACAUCACUCCAGAAGAAAUCACCAAGAAAACAGAAGAUAAAAGCCACUGCUCCUUUGUUUUAGAGGAGCUGAAGUUCCUGCCUGCUGAUGAGAAGAGCAGAGAUCAUAAAGCCCGGUGCCUCUGGUUCCUCGACACCCUUAUUAAGUUCAGCUACCUGAAAGUGAUCAAGAAGAAGCAUCCAAUGGGUCCCGAAUGCCCACAUGUUAUUAGCAAGAAACUCAUGAAGAAUUUCACUUCCCUGACCUACAACAACGGCAGUGUCCAGAAUUUAAUCUCUGCAUCAAUGAAGGCUAAAAUCACAGCAUACGUCAUUGCAUUGGCUCUGCACAUUAACAACUUCCAAACAGACCUCACCGUCCUGCAGAAUGACUUGAAGCUCCAAGAAAGCAGGUGA